AUGGAUCGCGAUACGAAACUCCACGACGAAAGCGAGGCUACGGCCCCCCAUGUCAACAAGACUCGAUCGGCCGACCAACACGAUGUAGCCAUCAACGCGUCUGGCCACGUCCAAGAACUUGAGCGCAACUUCAACCUGCUCUCCCUCGCCGGUGUUGGAUUGGUGGUCGGCAAUGUCUGGCCAGCGAUCGGCGGCUCAAUCCUCGUCGCCAUCUUCAACGGCGGGCCCCCGGGCGUCCUAUACGACGCCAUUCCUUCGUCCGCCGGAGUGUACCACUGGGCCUCCGUCACACCCGGCCGCCGAUGGGGCCGCAUCGUGGGCUUCUUCGCCGGAUGGUGGAACUACCUCGCGUGGAUUCUCGGCGCGGCCAGCAUGGCAUCGAUUUUCGGCAACACGGUGGUCCAGAUGUACGCGCUCAACCACGCGGGUUUCGAGGCCAAGCCCUGGCACGUCUUCAUCGUCUACAUCAUCGCCACAUGGCUUGCAUGCGCCAUUGUCUGCUUGGCUAAUAGUGCUAUGCCGCGGAUUAACGAUUUUGGUGUCUUUGCGAUCGUAGCAGGUUUCCUCAUCACCGUCAUCACUGUAGCCGUCAUGCCCGGUCGAGACGGACGGCCGCCGCAUGCAUCAUCCUCCUUUGUUUGGACCGAGUGGACCGCCGACAUCGGAUAUCCGAACGGUUUUGUCUUUGUAGCCGGAAUGCUAAACGGAGCUUUCAGUGUCGGUGCCGUCGAUGCUACGACCCAUUUGGCGGAAGAGAUCCCGAACCCGCAGCGUAACGUCCCUAUUGCUCUCGGGCUACAGCUGGGCAUUGGCUUCAUCACCGGGUUCUGUUAUUUGGUCACCAUCAUGUACGCGAUCAACGACUAUGAUGCUCUCUUUAAGUCUCCGUAUCCCAUCGCCGAGAUCUACCGUCAGGCCACCGGCUCCGCUGCCGGCGCGACUGGUCUGCUCGCCCUCGUACUCAUAUGCAUCGGUUUGACGCUGAUGGGCCUAUACAUCACCUGCGGUCGAACACUAUGGGCCCUUGCGCGUGACGGCGCAAGUCCCCGUCCCUCCCUACUCGGACAUGUAAGCCCAAGGCUGGGUAUGCCCAUGUGGUCUACAGUUUUGUCAGCCAUCCUAGUCACGGUUCUUGGAGCAAUCUAUGUCGGCAGCACGACAGCUUUCAACGCUUUUGUCGGGAGCUUCAUUCUUCUCUCGAGUAGCUCCUAUCUCGCUGCCAUACUACCUAACCUCCUCUCAGGGCGGAAGAUGGUCGCGUACGGACCCUUCCACAUGCGUGGAUGGAUUGGGUUCGCCAUCAACGGCAUCGCAUGUUCCUACAUGUUGGUGUGGUUCGUCAUCUACUGCUUCCCUUUCGCUCUGCCGACCAACGCCCAGUCGAUGAACUACGCAUGCUUGAUAUGGGGCGGCUUCACCAUUUUUGUUGGUCUAUGGUGGUUGCUGGGGGCAAGAAAGGGGUAUGAAGGUCCGACAACGACGGGCGGUGCCGUGAUAGAGGCAGCAUCUCACCACCAUGCGGCCUAA